UCACCGGACACGUCUAGCCGUUGGGGGUGAUUUCUGUUCCAAAACGAGGCGGAGCUUGAAUUCCAAACUGGAUUGAGUUCCUCCCGAUACGUCACUCUGGGAUAGGCUGCGAGCAAUCGAGCAACGCUGUCAGUCAACAGGGUUUCGGGUUGGUUACCUAGGCGUUCUCGGGACGGAAACCCCAAGCAGGAGAAAGUAGCCUUGCCCACCGCGGGUGUAGGCUCUGGGAUUAAAGUGAUCGCCAGUCCCACAGCUUUCGUCGAAACUGCCAGUAGGGAUUCAUGCUGUGUUGGUUAGCUAAAUGCGGUACGAAGCUAAAAUGAUGCCGAUGUUCCUGACAGUGUACCUCAGUAACAAUGACCAGCAUUUUACUGAGGUUCCCGUUACCCCGGAGACGCUGUGCCGGGAUGUGGUGGAGCUGUGCAAGCAGCCGGGGGAGACAGACUGCCACCUGUCUGAGAUGUGGCGUGGAUCUGAACGAGCUGUAGGUGAUGGGGAGAGGAUGCUGGAUGUGCUCCAACGAUGGGGACAACACAGGGCGGAGGUGCGCUUCUUCUUGCGUCACAAUCGAGCUCCUAGCAGGGAAUCGGGUGGGUCAAGAGGCUCAGAGCAGAAGAGAAAUGGAGUGAAGGGUCCCCCAGACAGAAGAAUGGAGAAUGGGGUGACGACACCCCGGAUGGACAUGACGCUGGCCGAACUACAAGAGAUGGCUGCCAGACAGCAGCAACAAAUAGAAGCUCAACAACAGCUCCUUGCUUCCAAGGAGCAGCGGCUGCGCUACUUGAAGCAGCAGGAGCAACGUCAGCAGCAGCAGGCCUCCGAGCAGGAGAAGCUGCAGCGCCUCCGAGAAAACAUUGAGAACCAGGAAACGCGGCUUAAGAAAGUCCGGGCCCUCAAGGGUCAAGUGGAGCAGAAGCGCAUCAGUAAUGGCAAACUGGUGGAGGAAAUAGAGCAGAUGAACAACCUGUUCCAGCAGAAGCAGAGAGAACUAGUGAUGGCUGCGUCUAAGGUGGAGGAGCUUAGCCGACAGCUGGAGUUGCUCAAAAACGGCAAAAUGGACAACUACAAUGACAACCAGAGCUCUGUGGCUGAACUAGACCGCCUAUACAAGGAGCUACAGCUGAGGAAUAAGCUCAACCACGAUCAAAACUCGAAGUUGCAGCAGCAGAGAGAGGGCCUGAACAAGCGCAACCUGGAGGUGGCUGCCAUGGACAAACGGAUCAGUGAACUCCGAGAUCGGCUGUGGAAGAAGAAGGCAGCACUGCAGCAGAAGGAGAACUUGCCUCCUCAGAUUCCCUGGCAUUCAGAGCUCACCCAUGCCAAUAAUGGCUACCCUGGUAAAGAGAGGGCUUCAAAAGACACUCAUCUUCAGGUGCCCUCUGAUGGCCAAGCUGGACAGCAGUCAGGUCCGUCUCGGGUGGCGGCGGUUGGCCCAUACAUCCAGUCCUCCACCAUGCCCAGGGGCCAAGUGAGGCACGACCUUCCUGGAAAACCAGCCUACCCAGACGGCACUGCCACCCUUCCAGCCCACGACCCACAGAGCAAAGCCGGCACAGAAGCCAUGUUCUUGCUUAAGCCUCUGAAAGAACUGCGGGCUAAGAGAAAAGGCCUUCAGCCAUCCAAGCUGGCAGACUGGGACUCUUCAGGUCCAGAAACAAACAUCAACGGACAUGGAUCAGCUUCAACACUGCCACGAAUGACCUCUCACUCUAACACAGACCAAGAUGAUGCAGAACUGAAGAGGGACAGGAAGGUGCGUCCAUUUUCCAUGUUCGAGCCAACGGAGGCUCCCACUACCUCUCUCCGCAAAAACCAGAGCAGUGAUGACUUGGUCAGGGACGCUCAGUCUGCUCCCAAAGCUCCAGUCAAGGUGCCUCCUCCUGUUCCCUCCAAACCAAAAGGCCCUGGUGCCGUGCCCUACGGCAAACCAGGUCUCAACACAGGCACCUUCCCCAAAGCCAAGCCCCACAGCCAGCAGCCCCCGGCUGCCCAGGGCCGCAACCCUCUCCCACCCUCACAAAGCCAGACACUCCCCCUACCCUCUAAGCAGGAUACUCCACCUGCAGCCGCGGUACGGCCCUUCACCCCAGAGCUGUCCUCCUCCAAAGAUGCCAGCCUGAGUAAGCCCAAGAGUUUAGCGGCCAGCUCCAUUUACUCCCUGUACACGCAGCUGCCCAGCUCAACGAAGCUUUUCAACCAGCCGGGGGUGCAGGGCGCUCUCAACAGGUCUCAGACCCGCACCAAUGGAUUUGUCAGUGUGUACGGUAAACCAGUGAUCCCCAGUGGAGGCCCCCUACAUCCAGAGAACCCUUACAUGGACCGACGCUCCCCUUCCCUAGAAUUUGAGGUUGACAACAAUGGAGCCAGCAACAUGGGUCCCAGCCCAACUGAGGGCCCUCAACCAGAAACCGAGCGAACCCCCCGGCCCCUCAGCCCCACCAAGCUGCUUCCUUUCAUUUCCAACCCAUACAGGCAUCAAAGUGAUGGUGACCUAGAAGCCCUAAGAAAGAAACUCUACAAUGCCCCAAGGCCCCUAAAGAAACGCAGCUCCAUCACUGAACCAGAGGGUCCUGCAGGGCCAAACAUUCAGAAACUCCUCUACCAGAAGACCACACUGGCUGCAAUGGAGACUGUGACUACACCAACCACUCCCACCUAUGCCGAUGAAGCAGAGAAGGCGACGGAGGGAUCUGUGGGGCCACAUGUUCCAAGCCCUUUGAGUGGUGCAGAGAACAACCCAUCAGAAACGGGACAGACUCUGGAGGGAGGUCAGCUCUCGUCUCACAUUCCAGGUGCUAAUGUCCCUGUUCCAGCGCCUGCUGAACAGAACAAACCAUCUUCAUCCGUCCUACAGAGCGAGGAGAUUAUUCCACCUCCUCCCCCAUCCCACCCAGCUCCCAAGCCAGAUGAUGCUCUUUUCCCACCACCACCAACUUCUGGCUUCGAGGACUCCAUUACCAGCCUGCCCCCUCCACCUCCAGAAGGCUUCCUGGAAGAGUUCCCACCCUACCCACCACCGCCAUACCCCAGUGGAGCGGAUCAGGACAGCUUAGGAGAAGACACUUUUACCAUGAAGGCACCAGAGGUUACUGGCCAAGUCACUCUGCCACCGGGAAAGAGGACCAACUUACGCAAGCUUGGCUCUGUACGCAUCGAUCACAACAUGAGAGUGAAGUUCAACCCGCUGGCUCUGCUGCUGGACUCUUCUCUGGAGGGAGAGUUUGAUCUGGUCCAGAGAAUCAUCUAUGAAGUAGAGGAUCCCAGUCAGCCCAACGAUGAAGGCAUCACUGCUCUGCACAAUGCCGUCUGUGCCGGACAUACAGAGAUUGUCAAGUUUCUGGUUCAGUUUGGAGUCAAUGUCAAUGCUGCUGACAGUGACGGCUGGACACCUCUUCACUGUGCUGCAUCCUGCAACAAUGUGCAAGUGUGCAAGUUCCUGGUGGAGUCUGGUGCGGCGGUGUUUGCUAUGACUUACAGCGACAUGCAAACAGCAGCUGAUAAAUGUGAAGAGAUGGAGGAGGGCUAUACUCAGUGCUCUCAGUUCCUCUAUGGUGUGCAAGAGAAAAUGGGCAUCAUGAACAGGGGGGUGGUCUAUGGUCUGUGGGACUACAACGGCGAAAACCCUGAUGAACUAUUGUUCCGCGAGGGAGACUGCAUGUCCAUCAUCCGCAGAGAAGACGAGGACGAGAUUGAAUGGUGGUGGGCACGCAUGGGCGACAAUGAGGGGUACAUUCCCCGAAACCUCCUAGGGCUCUACCCCCGAAUAAAGCCAAGACAGAGAACCCUGGCUUAAAACACAAGAUCCCAGCCCAUUCCAGUCUGCCAGAACUCUCUACGCACGCGCACAAACACACACACACACACACACACACACACGCGCGCACACACACACACACACACACACACGCACACCUACUCAUCUAUACACAGAAUUAAACAGACUGGGGAAGAGAAGGACACUGCUGAAAUGAAGAGACAUGGACAGACCAAACAUAUGAAGGAUCAAUUAUAAACUAUUUUCUGGCACUUUUUUCUGUAUCUACAAAAGAGGGAUUCUCCCUCACUUAUUUUAUCCAGGCCACACUGUGUACUGGGUACUUAAGACACUGUUGGCAUUGUUUUCCUUUACCCCAUUGUUUUUGUUGUUUUUGUACUUAGUGUCUGAAACUAUUUCUAAACUGACAAACUCAAAUGUUGGGAUGUAAAUGGAACAAGCUGUAUUUUUAUUGCUCCCCAUCAUUUUUACACUUUUAAAUAGUCUUUUAAAAUGUGUUUUCUGGGCUACACACUUGGGGCUCAACCUUGGAUGAGUUGAACAAGUGGAUGAUGAUGAUAAUGAUGAUGAUGCAUUUGAAAUGCUCUGUUACCAUGACAAUCUUUGGCAGGCUUGUUUUUUCGUCAUCUGUGUUGAGUGUCUGUCUUUAUAACUGCACUAGAAGAAAAGUUUCAGUUGUGACCACCACUGUAAACAACCAGAAAAUGAGAUGACAAAAACGGUGAUGAAGCUUUUGAUUGAUCUAUUGCUGUUCAUUCUGUGGCCUAUGAUACCCAGAAAGCCAUUCUGCUUUCCUGAAUUGGCACAUGGUUGAGAUGCCAUAGAUACUGUGUAUUCAUGAGUUUUUGUUAUAGUAAUAAUGAAAAGUUACUUUAGGAAUCAUAUUGUUAUGAAUAUGGACUUUCUCUUAGGAGGCCCUUUGACCAGAAAGACAUCAUGCAGUAUGAAUUGAAUGACCAUUCAGUAAUGUAAAAAGGCAAGCAAACAAAGGGUAAUAACCAAGCAAUGAUGCCACUAAAUCGCAGUCAUAGAAAAUUUGUCAAGUCAAAUCACAUAAUUAAAAAGAUGAAACUAUACAAUAUCAAGUUUCCAGAACUCAGCUCAUCACAUAUCUCUCUCAAUGCAGAUGUAUUUAUUUUUGUUACCUUUUUUCUUUAGCCCUUUUGUCAGAACUAUAACCACCAAUGUACUCUAGUAUUUCAAACAUUUACAAUAAAAUACUUUAAACUAAG